AUGACACAGCCUCCAUCCAAGAAAGUUGCCCCAGCUCCUUUGGCCACUAAGAAGGCCACCCAAUCCCAAGCCAACCCAUUGUUCGAGAAGACCAAGAGAAACUUUGGUAUUGGACAAGCUGUCCAGCCAAAGAGAGACUUGACCUCUUUCGUCAAAUGGCCAAAGUACAUCCAAUUGCAAAGACAAAAGAAGAUCUUGAACUUGAGAUUGAAGGUUCCACCUGCUAUUGCUCAAUUCCAAAAGACCUUGGACAAGAACACCGCCACUCAAGCCUUCAAGUUGUUCAACAAGUACAGACCAGAGACUGCUGAGCAGAAGAAGGAGAGAUUGGAGAAGGAGGCCGCUGCCAUCGCCGAGGGCAAGAAGGCUUUCGACGUCUCUUCCAAGCCUUUGGUUGUCAAGUACGGUUUGAACCACGUAGUUUCCCUUAUUGAGAACAAGAAGCCAAAGUUGGUUUUGAUUGCCAAUGACGUUGACCCAAUUGAGUUGGUUAUCUUCUUGCCAGCUUUGUGCAGAAAGAUGGGUGUUCCAUACGCCAUUGUCAAGGGUAAGGCUAGAUUGGGAACUUUGGUUCACAAGAAGACCUCUUCUGUCGCCGCCUUGGUUGACAUUGCCCCUGAGGAUGAGGCUGAAUUGGCCUCGUUGGUCUCCACCGUCAACUCUAACUUCGUUGAGAAGUACGAGGAAAACAGAAAGCACUGGGGUGGUGGUAUCAUGAGCAACAGACACAACGACAAGAAGGCUAAGCAAGCUAAGAAGUUGGCUGCUGCCACUGUUGUUUCCGCCUAA